AUGAUCAAUCCAAUUGGUGCACGUAAGCUCACAAAGGUCGAAUUAUCGACCAGCAGCUUUCAGUUUUCCGGCCACCGGAAAAUUGGUGUUAGGGUUUCCAAAUUCCCCGGAAAAGCUUGUUAUUCGAGUUCUCCGAGCGAGAGCAAUGGCGGCCAAGAUGAGCAGAGCACAGUUCAAGGCCUCUGGGUUCCCAGCGAUUGGAUGGAAGCUUCUAGAGCCCUCGAGGAGUCGGAAUGGCUCAGAGUAGCCCUUCAAAAGUGGCUGGACGAUGAGUACUGCCCGGAGCCCACUAAUAUAGAAAUAAGCCGAGUUGCUGCAAAAUCGUUCUACAAGUCGCUGAUCGAGAAAAGAGCCGACUUGGGAGACAUUUUGUUGAAAAUGGCUGUAGAAUUGGAGUCUAUCUCCUACCAAGAAAGCUUUCAUGGAGCGUUUUCCUCGGCAAAUGCAGCCGUUGAUCUUAUUGUACAACGGAUACUAGAGUAG